AUGUCUAACGACAAGAAUGACACCAACCAGGACUCAAGUACAGGUGUUCCAUCUAUGGAACCUGACGGAAUAAUUGAGAGCAAUUGGACUGAAGUGGUUGAACAAUUCGAUCAGAUGAACCUACGUGAACCACUUUUACGUGGUAUUUACGGUUAUGGUUUCGAACGACCUUCUGCCAUUCAACAACGCGCUAUCAAACCCUGUGUUUUGGGUCACGAUGUGAUUGCUCAAGCGCAAUCUGGUACAGGCAAAACAGCAACAUUUGCCAUUUCAAUAUUACAACAACUCGAUUCAGACAAUAAAGAUUGUCAAGCACUUAUUUUAGCACCUACUCGAGAAUUAGCUCAACAAAUUCAAAAAGUAGUGUUAGCACUCGGUGAUUAUAUGGGCGUGACAUGUCAUGCUUGCAUUGGCGGUACCAAUGUUCGUGAUGAUAUAAAACGACUUGAAACAGGUGUUCAGAUUGUUGUCGGCACACCCGGACGUGUUUAUGAUAUGAUCAAUCGAUCAGCUCUUCGUAGCAAAAAUAUUAAAAUGUUCGUGUUAGAUGAAGCCGAUGAAAUGUUAUCACGUGGAUUUAAAGAACAAAUUUAUGAUGUAUUCACAACAAUGCCACAAAAUAUUCAAGUUAUUCUUCUAUCAGCUACAAUGCCUAGCGAUGUACUUGACGUAACAACUAAAUUUAUGAAUGAUCCAAUUAAAAUUCUUGUUAAAAAAGAAGAAUUAACACUUGAAGGUAUUCGACAAUUUUAUGUUACUGUCGAACGUGAGGAAUGGAAAUUGGAUACACUUUGCGAUUUAUAUGAAACACUAACAAUUACACAAGCCGUUAUCUUUUGUAAUACACGCCGAAAAGUCGACUGGUUAACAGAAAAAAUGCGUGGACGUGAUUUUACUGUAUCAGCAAUGCACGGUGAUAUGGAUCAAAAAGAACGUGACGUUAUCAUGAAAGAAUUUCGAACCGGUUCUAGUCGAGUAUUAAUUACGACGGAUUUACUUGCACGUGGUAUUGAUGUUCAACAAGUUAGUCUUGUUAUUAAUUAUGAUUUACCUAAUAAUCGUGAGAAUUAUAUUCAUCGUAUUGGUCGUGGUGGUCGAUUUGGUCGAAAAGGUGUAGCAAUCAACUUUGUUACUGAUGAUGAUCGACGAACAUUACGUGACAUUGAACAAUUUUAUAAUACACAAAUUCAAGAAAUGCCAAUGAACGUUGCCGAUCUUAUAUAA